UCUCCCCCCCUCUGCUCGCUUCUUACUCGCAGUAUUAAAAGCUUCUGUUCGUCUCCCCAGCACAACCCCCUUCCCCACACCCACAGAAGCCUCCGUGUCAGCAGCAGCGGCGGCGUCACCGGCAGAAGUGGCGACCCCAAGCCCGGGCAGGCAAGUUAGCGAUACUCACUGUGAGCCGCAAGCGCACCGAGUGCAGCAGCAGCAGCCUUAUUGGGAAAAGUUAGUAGCGGCUGCAGCUGCUGACAGGUUGCAAGUGGCUCUUGCUCCACCUACUAUUGGCUACAGGUUGUGAUCCAGCUGCCCAGCUGCAUGUGCAAAUGGCACUUGUUAUGUGAGUGUCCGGAGCCCUGAGCAAGGGAAUGUCACAGCUCCGGGCUCAUGGGAUGUGGCGCUGUCACUGCACUGACACCUCAGCCUAUCAGCACUGAGCCGUUACAGGGAAACCCGAGCCCAUUACUUUGCGCUACUCAGCAAUCGGGAUUUGCUGAAUGAAUUGGAAGUGCUGGAUUGGUGAGUGUGGGCUCGGAUCUGCGGCACCUGCUCGGACUAUCGCGUAGAUCUGGGCCGGCGCUGACUCUCUGUGCCCCCAAGGAGAGACUUCUCAGGAAAGGGCGCUAAGUGUGAAACUGCGAGCUAAAAAAGGCAAGAAGAGGAAGUGCCACUCGCAAGGGAGCGACUUAGAAGCAGUGGGAGGCAAGUGUAGCUGGGAUGGAAGGAAGCCACACGUGUGACUGCUAAGACAUCGCACAGGAAGCCAAGUCAGGUUCGCGCACUCGGCAGGAAGAUCUGCUUCUCCUUCUGAGAAAGGCAACAUUUCCCCUCAUGCCUCCGGCUGCUCAGUACCUGCUUACUGUGUCCCCAUCCCCUUAAACCCACCUACUGUGCCCUAAUCCAGAGCAGAAGGCACUGCCACCCUGACCGGUGUAUGCCCCCUGGACAGCCUCCUCUGGGGAUGCCAUGCCCCGCAAGCACGGUGCCGGAGCCGGGGACGAGGGGGGCUCUGGGCUCUGGAUGAAGAGCAGCACCGGAGGGAGAGGGAGAGAGCGAUACUACGGGAUGAAGGAUGUGGAGUCCGGUCGGGGGAGCAGGGUGCUGCUUAACUCCAACCGGGGGGACGGAUUGCUAUUGCUGGGCACUGGGGACCAUGCAGUCCGGGGAGGAGCGGGAGGUGUCUUGCACGACAGCCGCAGGGGGAAGCAGGGCGCCCGCAUGAGUCUUCUGGGGAAGCCGCUCUCGUAUAACAGCAGCCAGAGCUGCCGGAGGAACGUCAAGUACCGGAAACUGCAAAACUAUCUGUACAACGUGCUGGAGAGACCCCGGGGCUGGGGAUUUGUCUACCACGUCUUCGUUUUUCUCCUAGUCUUCAGCUGCCUGAUUUUAUCAGUGUUUUCCACUAUUCCUGAACAUCAAGACCACGCUUCAUAUUGCCUCUUUGUUUUGGAAUUCGUCAUGAUUGUCGUAUUUGGUUUAGAAUACAUUAUUCGCAUAUGGUCUGCUGGCUGCUGCUGUCGAUAUCGAGGAUGGCAAGGAAGAUUGAGGUUUGCAAGGAAGCCAUUUUGUGUAAUAGAUAUCAUUGUCCUCAUUGCAUCAGUGGCAGUUGUUUCUGCUGGAACUCAGGGUAAUAUUUUUGCAACAUCUGCACUUCGAAGUCUUCGAUUCCUACAGAUCCUCCGUAUGGUGCGCAUGGAUCGAAGAGGGGGGACAUGGAAGUUACUAGGCUCUGUUGUUUAUGCACACAGUAAGGAACUCAUCACUGCCUGGUAUAUAGGAUUUCUAGUUCUAAUCUUUUCAUCUUUCCUUGUGUAUCUGGUGGAGAAGGAAGCAAACUCACAAUUUCAGACAUACGCAGAUGCUUUAUGGUGGGGUACGAUCACAUUGACAACCAUUGGCUACGGAGACAAAACCCCCCAGUCGUGGCUUGGAAGGCUUCUUUCAGCUGGAUUUGCUCUGCUUGGAAUUUCUUUUUUUGCAUUACCUGCAGGUAUUCUAGGCUCAGGAUUUGCCUUGAAAGUCCAAGAACAACAUCGGCAAAAGCAUUUUGAAAAAAGAAGAAAUCCUGCAGCCAGUUUAAUUCAGUGUGUAUGGCGUAGUUAUGCGGCUGAUGAGAAAUCGGUUUCCAUUGCUACCUGGAAGCCUCAUUUGAAGGCCUUGCAUACCUGCAGCCCUACAAAGAAAGAACAAGGCGAGGCAUCUGGCAGUAAGCUUUGUAGUAAUAAGCAGAAGCUCUUCAGGAUGUACACCUCUCGGAAACCUAGCCAGAAAUUAAGUUUUAAAGAGCGUGUCCGCAUGGCGAGCCCCAGAGGGCAAAGUAUAAAGGGUAGACAAACAUCGGCUGGAGAUCGGCGGUCACCAAGUGCAGAUGUUGCUACUGAUGGGAGUCCAACUAAAGUGCAAAAGAGUUGGAGUUUUAAUGAUAGAACACGGUUUCGACCCUCCCUUAGACUGAAGAGUUCACAGCCAAAACCAGUUACUGAUCCUGAUGUCAGCCUUGGGGCAGAUGAAGUUCAUGAUGAGAAAGGAUGUCACUGUGAUGUAUCAGUUGAAGAUCUAACCCCAGCUCUUAAAACUGUCAUACGAGCAAUCAGGAUCAUGAAGUUCCAUGUAGCAAAGAGAAAAUUUAAGGAAACCUUACGCCCUUAUGAUGUGAAAGAUGUUAUUGAGCAGUAUUCUGCUGGCCACCUUGAUAUGUUGUGCCGAAUAAAGAGCCUUCAAACACGAGUUGACCAAAUUCUUGGAAAGGGACAGAUAUCUACAGAUAAGAAGAGUCGUGAGAAAAACCCAUCUGAGAUUGAAGCAGGUGAUGAUCUCAGUAUGUUGGGUCGAGUAGUGAAAGUAGAGAAACAGGUACAGUCCAUCGAGUCAAAGCUAGACAGCCUACUUGAUAUUUACCAGCAGGUCUUAAAGAAAGGAUCUGCCUCAGCCCUGACCUUGGCAUCACUUCAGAUGCCACUUUUUGAAUGUGAACAAACUUCAGAUUAUCAAAGUCCAACAGAUGGUAAAGAUGUGUCAAACUCUGCACAAAAUAGUGGAACAAUCACAAGAUCAGCUAGUGCCAACAUCCCACGUGGAUUUGUACUGACACCAAAUGAAUUUAAUAGUCCCCCCUACUAUGCAUUUAGUCCAGCCACGCAUAGUCACGCAACAUCCAAUCCAGGCGAUGGACCUGCUAGUACGACAAACAGUAUAUCAAACCAAAUACUCCAGGCCUCAAAGCCAGCAACGCCAACAACGUUACAAUUACCACCUGCGCCAACCUUAAGGCAUAUCAGCAAACCUGAAGCAACUCACAUUAUUCCAAUGACCACAAAAGAAGACAGUUGUGAUGUCUCCUCCUGCCUCGUUGCCUCAAAAGAAAAUGUGCCGCGUGCACAAACCAGUUUAGUUAGACAUUUUGUAAGGAGGAAAAGCCUUGAAGCAGAGAGUGGCUUAUUGUCCUCCAAUCCUUUCACACACAAGGAUUUUAGCAAAUCAUUUUCUGUACAAAAUUUAAUUCAAUCAACAGAAGAGCUCAAUGCUCAGCUUUCAUGUAGUGACUCCAGUGUCUCGAGAGGCAGCCAAGAAAUGUACCCAGAAUGGAAGGAGUCCAAACUGUUUAUAGAAGACGAAGAGUUAGACACAGAGACAUUUGAUGCUGCCUCUCAGUCUACUGUAGAGACUUCUCUGUUAUCUGAUUCUUUGAGGACUGGAAUAUCAAGAUCAUCUCAAAGCAUUUGCAAAACUAGGGAUGGUACUGAAACACUUAGCCUUCCUAAUGUUAGACACAAAUAAACCCCGGGUUUUUAUAGGCUUAAAAAAAUUCCAUUAGUCAUACAUACCAUUGCAUGAACUCUUUAGAAAGUUCUUAAGGUUAACUGUGCAAGGAUCAGGAAGAAAUUGAACGGCAGUUCUAUGAGCCCUACUUUCUAGUUGCAUGAAAAUGCAUGCUUCAGCGAUGGCUACCCAGAUACAAAUUUACACCUGAACAACCCUUCAGUGCAGUAGGUAGUUGGUUUAAAGGCCAACUAACCUACACAGCUGAUACUGAAAUAGGACCCAAGUAAAAUGGGAAAUUUAGAGGUUUAUACUCUUUCAUGGUACAUAAAUUGAAAGUAGAUUCUAGAGCACUUUGAAAUUGUCCAAAAGUUGAUGUUUACAACAAAAAUGUUACAGCUGCUAGUGAAGCACCAUGAAAAGAAGUAACAUUGGGUUUGAACAGCUGCUAGAUGCAACAGGAUGUACACACUGACUCAUUUCCGCCUGUUAUUUUAAUGCUAACAUGAAAUGAAUGUUAAUUUUCUGUAUAUUUUUGGUGACUUAGUGCUGUGGCAAAAAUGGCGCAUCACUUUCAGGUUGAUGUCCCAAGUUCUACAGUAGAAGCAAUUUUUAUUAUAAUUAUUUUUUGCUAUAAACUUUUAUUCCAUAUCAGAAAUUGUCACUGCAGUCUUAAUCUUACUUUAUGUAUCUGCAAAGGACUUGAACUGUUUCCUAUGAUGUAAGUUCUGCCUCCUUAUUUAUUCUGAAGAAGCAUACUUGGCUGUCCAUUUGUAACCAUAGUAUGUUAAUGUACUUAUAUCAUGUAUCUUACAUACUACUCUCCAUGUCUAUAUAAAUUGGCUACAGGGAUGUUGCUUUAAAGACAAAAAAAGUAUGAAGGGGCUGGGCUGCAGGCUAUAUGUAUACCAUAUAUAUGUAUGUAUAUAAAUAAAGAAAUAUAUUUAUAUAUGGAUAUAUAUACACACACAUAUAUAUGUAUGUAUAUCAGUUCUGUCUAGUUCCAGGCUAACUAACCAGCCAGGAUUUAAAUGGUCAUACUUGCCUACAUGUGAUUUCAUUUGUCACUGAAUCAUUCUGAUCACUAUUAAUUAAGGCCAGUUGAGCACUGCUUGCAGUCCCCGCUCAUUUGGUUUCUUCUUGCCCAAUUUUUUUUACCUCUCCAUGAAUGAAAAACAGACUUUUUCUCCUCACGUUUAUAUGCACAAUAUCUUUUGUCUAUGACAAUGCCUUGUGUGAAUUUGGAGUUGCCGCUACUAGGAAGGGUAGAUGACGUAGCCCCAAAUGACCGCAGGGAAUCAAAAUAAAGCUUUCUUUGUUUGCAUAGGUUGGCAUAGUUCAAGCAAACACAUGCACCAGCUCUGUGGAGUGACUUAAAUAAAUAUAUAAAUUAUAGCCACUUUGGUGUAUCGAUAAAGGGAAUAUGUUUAACAUACAUCUAAUGAAAAUACAACUAAUGAAAAGGGUAUCAAAUAUUAUCUAAAUAAACACUGUAAACUCUGCAGAUUUACUAAGGGAACAAACAAUAAUGUGUUAGUACUGCUCAAAAAUUGGAUUAUUUCAAUGCAAAAAGUGGAGCACAACUUUAACUCAAGCCUUGUUUGUUGCCCCCGUUAUUGCCCCCUUAAGUAUCCAUUUAUUCCUAUUAAUGAGCUUAAACUUGUAACAGCUAUUCUUCUUUCUGAGUUCAACUUCUUAUUGUUGUUUCAUGCCAGCAUGGGUUUUGCCAUUGUUCUCUUGACAUAUUGAAUAAUUUUGCAGUCUGAUUUACCUGCACUCCAGCCAAUAAUUAUUUGGCAUUUUAAGUAAUUCUUUGAUAUUUAAACCUUUGAUUUUCUGUCUUUAGAGUGGGGGUUGGGGGAUAAAGGGAAUGCAGAUACAUUUGGAACAGGUGAAUGGAUAAAUAUAGGUGAGAGUAAAAGAACGUAAAGCAGGGUGAUAGAAUAAUGAAGAAAAGCCCCAAUACAGGAGAAACAGUAAAACAUAGUUUUUCUUCUAAGAAGGCUGCAAAUGCAGCUGAAAUUAAUCUCCUGUGUAUAUAGCCACACACAUAAGAUUUAGGGACAUGCCACUUUUCCUGCUUAUUUUAAAUGACACACCUGGUUCCAAACAGACAGGUAGAAAGCUGCUGCCAUAAAGCAAAUUUCUGUUGACAAUUUAUAAAUAAAUAUCUAUAUUCUAUGGUUAAGACUGAAUUGCCAGAUCCUUUUUGGGAAGAUGUCCGAAGCACAACUAGCUUAAUUGCAGUUUGGCAUUUCAAAUUUCAUUCAGGUUGGUAGAGUCACACUAAAACCUGAGUUAUUAAUGAUUUUUCAGUGUCUCAGCUCAUUAGAACUAACUUAUUUGGAAUGUCUGCAUCGCCAUAGCCAAACAAACAAACGUUUUGUAAUCUUUUUUUUUUUAAAUAAUGUCUCAUGUGCCUUUAUGUCAUGCAUCUUUGUCAUAUGUCAAACGGGGUACGAUGUUUCUCCUUCUUAUAAUUUGUUUCCCUUUUCCAUCAGAUGAAGCAGGUACCAUUAACUAAUUUUACAGAUACGUUAUCACACAUACCUUGGUAUAAUGUAUUUGCCUUAAUGAAAUGCUUGAGAGCUUGAAAUUUCUUAGUUUUAACUUAAUUUAUUUAAUAAAAUUUUGUGCACAUAACCUGCCA